AUUCGGUUCGGAUGAUGACGCUGCGGUUACUACGAUUGCGUCGGCGACGAAGACGACGGUGACGAAGAACAGUGACGGCGAUACGACUGCUGCUAUCGCGAUCGGCUUAGUAGGCUUUGGCGACCGCCGAUCGGAAUGCGUGCAAUUUUCCGGCGAGAAGAAGAAAAACUGUGUGAUCUGAAUCUUCACGACAAGUGCACCAGUGUGAUCGGAGAGUGGCAGGAGAAUGUGUAAACAAGUGGAUGAAUGAUAAUCAAGCGAAAAUGGGAAGUUCACCACACACGACGACAGCAGGAGGACGAUCUUCAACAACGGCCGGAAUCAAUCAAUGAGGCAAUACGGCGUGUUUAUAAGAGAUGGGCUUAUCAAAUCGUUUGAAAGGCGCAUAAGAUGCUUGCGUUAUCUCGACUCGGGCACAUGAAUAUGAGAGCACGAGGUGUGAGGUUAUUGAUAAGAUAGUGUCGAAGCACAUGGGGACGGUUGAGGUAGGGGAUUUCGGCGCUGAUCGAAUCGUACUUUGCUCAGCUGACAGAGAUACGCAAUGUAAAAUGUGUUCGGCAUGACAUUUUGGUACGUGCUACAGGGGUAUAACAGACUGCAUGUGUAAAAGAAAAUCGUCAACACUUUCCAGCUCAAUACCAGACCAAACACAGUGAAAAAUGUAAAUCCAACCUCGAUACAUCACAUUGAAAACGGUGCAAACUAAGUCGACAAAUCAUUGUCCACGAAAACACAUUGUGCAAAGAAAAUUAUCAGUGCGAAACAAGUGCUAAAAUAUCAUAGUGGCUACUAACACACGGUGGCAGCAAAACUCCAAAACCCAUUCACAAAAUGACACACGGUCCUCCUGCAUCGCGUAAACGACCCCAAAAUGGGACGGCCUCGGGUGGCAACACUGCUGGCGCCGGCGAUCCGGAAUCCAACCAGAUGACCACGAACACCGGCCUGCCAACCCCGCCGGAUGGUGGCUGGGGAUGGAUGGUUGUCCUGGCAUCCUUCAGCAUACACAUUGUCACGGAUGGCAUCACCUACUCCUUUGGCAUGUUCUACCUCAAGUUCCUGGACUACUUCAACGAGGGCAAAGGCUACACGGCAUGGAUUGCUUCGAUUCUGGUCGGCGUGACACUUUGUUCCGGACCCAUCUCGUCUUCCCUGGUGAACCGGUUCGGCUGCCGAGCGGUAACGAUUGCCGGUGCCAUCCUGGCCGCAAUCAGCUUGGCCGUCAGUGUCUUCGCCCAAAGCGUAUUCUUCCUGUUCAUCUCGAUCGGGUUCGGUACCGGCAUGGGCCUGGGUCUGAUCUACCUGCCGGCCAUCGUGAGCGUAACGAUGUACUUCGAAAGGUUGCGAUCGCUGGCCACGGGAAUUGCCGUCUGCGGUUCCGGACUGGGAACGUUCAUCUUCGCUCCGGUUACCGACAUGCUGAUCAACACGUUGGGUUGGCAGCAUGCCCUGCUGGUGCUGUCCGUUAUUGUGCUGAUCAGUUGCAGCAUUUUUGGGGCCAUGUUCCGACCUUUGGUGGCUUCACCUGAUGAGCUAGAGAUGGCACCGAUGAAACCGGUUGAGGGGCAGAGCUCCGCGGCGGCAUCAAACGGGAAAGCGAAUGGGGAAGGUGGUGAUGGAGAUCAGAACAUUGUCCGGUCGCACAGCUUUGGCAAUUCUCCGAAAAUUGCUCUGAAUGCGAACGGUAAAUCUACAAGUGGGCAGAGUCUACAGCUGGCGCUGAGCCAGCCCUUGCUAGCCCAGCCUCCUACGUACGACCAUGCCAAUCCUCAUACCAUGGGUUCAACUACCAUCCGUCGGGCAGAAAGCGGAACCAUGUACCGUAAGGAUGCUCUGUACACCGGCUCGCUGCACAACAUCUCAUCACGACAUGCUUCCCAUGCCAGUCUGGCCACCUACGAGAAGGGAGUCUACGGAUCACUGCAAGGAAAUGGCAAAGCCAUCGGAUCCGAGGAACCCGUCAUCUGCUGUGGAUGCAUUCGCUGUUCCCAGGAAACUUCCGACACCUUCCGAGAGAUGAUGAACUUCUCCAUCCUGAAGGAUCCGAUCUUCAUCGUGUUCACCGUUUCGAACUUCCUGACCAGUAUUGGCUUCAAUGUGCCGUACGUUUACCUGGCUGCCCAAGCCGAUGUCCUGCAGAUCGAUACCAAGCAGGCUAGCUAUCUGCUCGGAAUCAUCGGUAUUGCCAACACCAUCGGCCGUAUCAUUCUCGGUUACCUGUCCGACAAGCCAUGGGUCAACAGACUGCUGGUCUACAACCUGUCGCUCACCAUUUGCGGUGUUGCAACUGCCUUCUCCGUAAUGUGCCUAGACUUCUACAGCCUCGCGACGUACUCCGCAAUCUACGGUUUCACAAUCGGUGCCUACGUCGGUCUGACAUCGGUCAUUCUGGUCGAUCUGCUCGGACUGGAGAAGCUCACGAAUGCCUUCGGAUUGCUGCUCCUCUUCCAGGGUAUUGCCUCCUUCGUCGGACCUCCUCUAGCCGGAUGGCUCUACGACAUCACCCUCUCGUACAACCCGGGCUUCAUCCUGGCCGGAUCGACCAUCGCCUUGUCCGGUGUGAUGCUGUUCGCAAUUCCCCCGAUGCAGCGGUACCUGGCGAAGAAGCAAUCCGCUGCCGGGGCCACCACGUGCCAGGCGCAGGAAAGCUGAAACCGCUCAAACCAAACCCGCUUUCCUCAGCGAAAGAUACCGAGGAAUCGGUAAACAGAACAGAACAAGCGCAGGCUUCUUGUGAUAGCUACACUAAACGUUAACUGAGAGCAGUAGGCUCUGGGAAGAUUAUUUUUCCCCUCAGCAGGCGGCGGGGAGGCGAUCCACAGUUUUAAGAGUACCAAAGUAGGCUUCUGUAAAGUUAGUGAAAUUCAGAACAAUACAACACACAAAACAAGAAAUCCAUUAACAUAUCUAAACUAGGGUUAUAUCUACUAGGAGCAAAGUUACAAACUAGGUAGUUCAAUUAGUGAUCGAUGUGAUGAGCGCGAUUGGAGAUUCCCAAUUUUUACGAGGGACCACACAACAAUCUACAGGGUGCGCGAGAUAGAGAGAGUCUGCGUUGCGGUGAGAGUAUACGUAACUAGCCUAAAUACCUAGCCUAGUGGACCUAGGAAUAAGUAAGCUUUUAGGGAUGAUGUACUGUAAAACACAAGUUACAGCGAAUUUAAAGCGACGCACGGAACGAAAUUCGGUGCAACAAUUCAUACAGGGUAAAAUAGCUGAGUGCUAGUGCUACAAAGUUUUAUUCUUUUUCGUCAGAUUUUAGUUUUGUUUUGUAAUUAAAAUGUUGCCAUUUUUGAGCUCUUCCAAAGUGCCGUCACUAACGAUGAAACACGUUCGAGUUACCGUUGAGUUAAAGUUUUUAAUGAUAACAUUAAAUUGUAUAUAAUUAG